UAUUGCUCAACUUUUCUUCAACCUCUAACUUUAAUCUUUUAGGUAUAGCAUAAGUCUUUGUUUUUAAGAGUAAGAUGGAGUAAGAAGAACAAGUAGGUACUAUUGAACUGAAGUGUGGUAAGGACUACUACAAAGUGGAAAAAGUAGAAUUCAAUAUACCUUCCCAACCUUGAUGAGCAAUUAGCUUGACGGAGAACAUGCCUCAAGGCCACAAAUUACUUUUUCCUUUUUUCCUUUUUACUCUUUGUCUCUCCUCCAACAAAUCUUGUUAUAUUUUGGAAUAGUUAGAGAACAAUAGUGAAAAGGUUUUUUCCUAAUUUAUGUUCUUAACAAAAGAAAUGACUUGUAUGAAUGACUCUGCUAACGAGAAAUCUAUCUCAACAAAUGUUACCAAUGAAAGCACCAAAAAUACUACGAAAACAAGAACUUGUCCUUCUUGUGGUCAUCUGAUCAAAUCUGAAGAAAAGGCUGGGAUUCACAAUCUUCCAGGAUUGCCUGCUGGGGUGAAGUUUGAUCCAAGUGAUCAAGAACUUCUUGAACAUCUUGAGGCAAAAGUGAGAUUAGAUGCUCACAAACUUCACCCUUUAAUUGAUGAGUUCAUUCACACACUUGAGGGAGAAAAUGGAAUUUGCUAUACUCAUCCUGAGAAAUUACCAGGAGUGUCUCAAGAUGGGUUAAUCCGACAUUUUUUUCAUAGACCAUCCAAAGCAUAUACGACAGGUACAAGAAAAAGAAGAAAAGUAGAGACAGAUAUAGAAGGAAAUGAAACUCGUUGGCACAAAACAGGCAAGACUAGGCCAGUUGUGGUUAAAGGCAAAGUGAAAGGACACAAGAAAAUACUUGUACUCUACACAAACUAUGGAAAGCAAAGAAAACCUGAGAAAACAAAUUGGGUAAUGCAUCAGUACCAUCUUGGUGAUAAUGAAGAUGAAAAAGAAGGAGAGCUUGUUGUGUCAAAAGUCUUUUACCAAACUCAACCAAGACAAUGUGGUAAUUCUCUCCUUAGAAAUAAUUGUCCUCCUCCUGCAGUUAGAACAAAUAUUGGUCAAGCAUCUCAAUUUAGGGACAAUACUACAUUUGUUCAAUGCUUCAAUAAUCCAACUCUCAUAUCCUUUGAGCAUAAUAACCGUCCAACUCCUCGUCUCCCAAAUUUUAAUCUCCCUCACUCUUCAUUUAUUCCUUGACUAUUUUUUCCCUUUUACAUGAGAUACUCAUAACAGGUCUGAAUAAGUUAUCGAAACGGGGAAGAAUAAGGAGAGUUUCUCUUGUUAUUGAGGACUAUAUACGUAGGGUUUCAGAUGAAGCUCCGCUCCAAACUUUAAUUAUCAUUUUAAUUAUACUUAUAUAUUUUUGAUGUGGUUAUUUCUGCAAUAUUGAUGCUUCCUUUGUACAGUGAGGCUGAAGAAAUAAGUGUACAUGGCUCAUGAUACAUAGACUGGGAGAGUAACUAAUUGGAGUUCAACUGUACAAAGAUAUAUACUGCUAUGGUUUAGCAUAUUUACACUCAUUAUUCAUUAA